UGGGUGAUGACGUCAGCUGAUGGCGCAGGAACAUAGGACUGCAUGAACAAACAUCCAGCUCCGUUCAAUCGGCUAUUAAAAAAAAUAAAUAAUAAAAAUACAAAAACAAAACAUGCCACUGUGGACUAGUCGAGGUUUCCGUGAGCAUAAUAUGGUAACAUUUACAGCUUAAAAAAAUAAAGAAAACGUCGUGGGAAUGUCGCUCGCGGGAAAUCUCCAUCAACGCCGACCACUGGGGGAUGCGUAAGAUGGAGCGUAACAACCUGCGAGGCGUCAAAACACAGCGGGACCAAGGAGCAUGGCGCUUAAGGACGCACCGCGGAGCCAUCGGUUAGCCAUCUUGGCCGCGGUAUUCAUCUUGAUGACGCUCUUCAUCCUCUACAACUCCAACACCAGCAACGAAACAUACGCGCCCUUCACCGUGGUCAGAAACCACACCCCCAAGACCACAGACCUAAAGAAGUGGGCCACCAAAGACUGUUACGUGCCUGUUCAGGGGAAUAAGAGCAUGACUUUGCGAUGUCACCAAUGCGCCUUGGUCACCAGCUCCAGCCACGUCCUGGGCAGCAAUGCUGGGAAGGAGAUCGACGCCACAAAUUGCGUCAUCCGCAUGAACGAUGCCCCUACGACGGGUUACUUCGCUGACGUGGGCAAACGGACAACCCUGAGGGUGGUCGCCCACUCUAGCGUGUUCAGGGUGGUCCGGCAGCCUAAAGAGUUCCUGAGCGGCACUGACCACAAACCCAUCUUCAUCUUCUGGGGACCCCCAAGCAAAAUGACCAAGGACUCCAAAGCAGCCGUGUACAGAUCCAUCCAGACAAUCCACGCCACUUACGCCAAUGUGUCUUGUUUCACCGUGGCGCCCAGCAAAAUGAGCAGAUUUGACAGUCUCUUCCAACGAGAGACCGGACGAGACAGACAAAAAUCACACUCAUGGUUGAGCACUGGCUGGUUCACCAUGGUCAUCGCCAUUGAAAUAUGCGACAAUAUCAAAGUGUACGGGAUGGUUCCGCCCAAUCACUGCCAGAAAAGGAUGGGAUCCAAAAAGCUGCCGUAUCACUACUACAAACCUAGGGGCUCGGACGAAUGCGAGACUUACGUCGAGAACGAGAACAACAAAGUAGGGAGCCACCAUCGCUUCAUCACUGAGAAGCAGGUGUUUUCGCGCUGGGCGCAUCAGUACAAUAUCACCUUCGCUUAUCCCGCUUGGUGACAGUACAUACCUCUUUCCCUUUGCCCGUACCCGGACUAAGACCGGCAAGUACCCGAGUGACGACAUUGACUUUCAGGGAUCACUACAAGGAACCAAACUAGAAGAGGACCGAAUGUUUUUGUUCGCGUCAAAAGUGAUGGAUGCCCUUAUGUUUCCCGCGUUGAGCAGGUAUUUUUAUUUAUGGGCCGGUACAGUGAUUGCAUCAUCUCAUGGAUGGCUGCUAAGACAUUUCUGGCAAAACAGGCUUAAAAAUAUACAAGUGCGAUCCACAGUGAAGCCUUCUUGGGGGUCUUAAGGCAGAUUAAGAUGAAAUGAGCUUGCUUUCCGGGGAUGAAGCCAAGAAAAGCACCUGCAGGUCAUUUGUAAUAAGGACGACCAUGUUGUAUUUGGUUUGUUUCAUCUGUGUAUUUAUUUCAGAUUUAUACAAAUUCUAUUAAGUGAAUUUUUUGCACUGAUGUGUUAUAUACAAGGGUGAGAUCAAAUGUAUGAAUUUCCUUGUGAAGAUUUGCAUCAAUAAAAUUAUGUGGAAAAGAAAAAACUUACCAUUCAUUGUUGGGGGGAGAAAAUGCAAAUACACCAAAAAGCUUCUUCUAAUCCUUUUUGAGAUUUGGAGCUACCUGAUCGCCCUCGCCCUCCAACUCUGUACAUUGUAACUCUGCCUACGAACACCUCAGCAGCUAUUCAGCCGGAGAAUAAGACAUAUCGAAGAGAGUUGCAAACUUGGUGGAUUUAUUUAUUAGCAAAAUUUAGCCCGUAUCCAGAUUUCUGUUAAAAAAAAAAUGUAGCAAACAGUUCUUUGGACGUUUUUUGCCCACUUUGUCUCUUACAGCGCCCAUAAAAGUUGUAAAUUAUACAAAUUAGAUGACAUUGUUCCCUCUCCUGUACCCACUGCAGUCCUAAAUAUCUUACUCCAUUCUUUUAACUAUUGGAAAAGGCUGCAGCUAUCUUCGGUCUCAGCGCUGCCAUGGAAAUUAAAAUGGCUUCCUGUUCAAAAAGAAAUAAAAGGUUACUUUCAUCUUGACGUACCACUGAAA